AUGGAGGAGAAGCAGGGAUCUUCUCACCAGUACGGUUCACUGGAGCGCACUGAAUGGAGCAGAGGCACCAGCCAACCAGAGGACGAUGUGGUGUCCAUGGCGGACUCCACCAUCACCACGGACGACAUUGAGGGGGAGCUUUUUAAGAUCGACAGGAUCAGGGACGUCCUGGUCAGGAGGGAGUCCGAGCUCAGAUACAUGAUGGACGACAUCCAGCUGUGCAAGGAGAUCACUCGUCUGAAGAGAGAGCUGCAGAAGUUAGUGUCCAUACCAGAUAAUGACAAGUCCGGCGACGACCGGCAGAAGGAGGAAGAACUGCUGCAGCAGAUCCACAAGCUGGUCGAGACCAGGGAUUUCCUGGUGGACGACGUGGAGUUUGAGCGACUCAGGGAGAAAGAAGAAGAUAAAGAAAUGGCAGAUUUUCUGAACUCCAAAUUCCCAAGAAAUAUGAAGAAAAAAGGUGUUCCGACCAGACGGGCUCCAUCCAGGGCUCAGCCGGCCCCCUCUCCCUUUGGCAAGACGGGCCUCACCCUGCUGAAGGAUUGCUGUGGCUUCACAUGCUCCAUCUUGUAGACAGGGGGGCGGGUGGGGACCCCAAAAGAUAUUUGGAGUUUGGGCUUUUUCAGUCCGAGUAAGACUUUGAAGCGUGGCUGGAGCAGCACAGACCGCGUUGAGAGGGAGUCGCGUGCCGAGACCCGAGUUUGUCUUGUGUCUGAUGUGUUUGUCUCUUUCAUUGGAUUUCAUAAUCCAGCUAUCUUUCUUUCUCUGUUCGCCAUGUCUCUCAUCCCACUCCUGAUUUUUUUUCUUCAAAUUUAUUUAUUUCCAAUCUCAAUAAUCAUCACGGCUUCCAAAAGGAGCAACCCCGACGCCUGGUGUUCAUUUCUGUUUUUCAAGCCGAGAGGACGGGCUUCGAGGGACAGAAACGGCACUAGUCAGGCAUGAAUUGUGUGCACACUAAUUAGAAUCAAUUACCAUGAAACCAUAUUAGUUUGAUAUUUAAAGACCCCGCUGAGCUAUUAUAACUGUUCUCUACCAAUUAGCAAUAGGAGUCAGCAGGCCAGUCCACACACUGCUGACACUCGACAACGCUAAUGAAACUGACAUUUAUCAGGAGCUCUGUGAGGAGGAAGUUGCCUGUGAUGUCACUCCAGAGCUAAACGGGGACGACCUUUUAACCCUUGUGUUGCCUUAGGGUCAUUUUGACCCGAAUCAAUAUUACACCCUCCCCCCGCCUUAGGAUUAAUUUGGAGCCCAUUCAAUGUUUAAUGUCGGUGUUCUUUCGGUAGUCAACAAACAAACAUAAAGUGCCUCACACUUAAACUUGGAAAACAAUAUUAAUUCUAAUAAUUUUCUGGAGGUUUUAAUUGCUGGUGUCAAAUUGAACCCAAAGGG